GUUCGAUGCGGAUCGCAGCAGACGCGAGUUCCAGUGAAUUAUCUCUUGAAGUUAUCAAAUCUAAAUCCGAAUUGAAGAUGUCCACAUCUCAGGCUGUUGAUGAGGACUCCAGCAAUAUGUCAACCAUUUGCACAUUGGACACGAAUGUGCCAAAGCUCGGGAAUGGCAGUGGCAGUGGCAGUCGCAGUGGCAUGAAUAAUAACAAUAGUGCUCGGUCUAGCCGCAGCUCCACGGGCACAGAUUCCACAUGCCUGGAGGAGCAACGCUUUGGCUGGCUACGAUUCCGUCCGCAGUGGCUGCAGUGCUUCUGCACCGCCAAGUGGGCGCUCUUCUGGCUCUGCUGGGGCGGCGCAUUGCAGGGUCUGAUUGUGAAUGGUUUCGUGAACGUGAACAUCUCGACCAUCGAGCGACGAUUUGGCCUGCGUUCGCGCCAGACUGGUCUGGUGGCCAGUGGCUAUGAUCUGGCGUCGUUCGUGUGUCUGGUGCCCGUGACGUACUACGGCGGGCGGAAGGGCGCGUCGAAGCCGUGCUUCAUUGCCAUUGGGCUGCUGCUGAUGGGACUCGGUUCGUUGAUCUUCUCGCUGCCGCACUUUCUGGUCGGCAGCUAUCGGGCGACCAUAGCCGAGGCGAAUCUGUGCGAACGGGAUGGCCAGGCGAAUCAGACGAUGCGGGGAUGCGGCGCGGGCUUGGAGGAGGAGGCAGCUGAGUUGGAGCUGGGCGAGAGUUUGACUUGGACGGUUUGGCUGUUCUUUGCGGCGCAACUUUUGCAUGGAGCCGGCGCCUCGCCGCUCUUUACGCUGGGCGUAACCUAUCUGGAUGAGAAUGUAUCCACAAAGAUGUCAUCUGUUUACUUGGGUAUUUACUACACGAUGGCCAUAAUUGGUCCGGCAAUUGGCUACGUUCUGGGCGGCCAGUUGCUGCUCAUUUAUACGGAUUUCGUUACCGUGGAUGCAGCUGACUUGAGCCUGACGAGCGAUAGCAAGGUGUGGAUCGGUGCCUGGUGGAUUGGCUUUGUGUUUGCGGCCGUGGUCUGUGUGCUCAUCGCCAUACCGAUCUUUGGCUAUCCGAAGUCUCUGCCUGGCGCUGAGAAGCUGCAGCUGGCCAAGGUCUCGGAGGCGCACACAAAGAAAACGGCCCAGGUCAAGGCGGCUGGGGCGGAGGUGGGGCAAGUGGCGGGGAGGGCGGAGACGGAGCCACGCCGACGCCUUGGCGAGCUGCCACACGCAGUGCUGACGCUGUUCAGGAAUCCCACGUUCUUCUUCCUCAACUUGGCGGGCGCCACUGAGGGUCUGGUCAUAGCGGGCUUUGCCGCGUUUCUGCCUAAGCAAAUCGAGAAUCAAUUUGGUAUUUCGCCCGUGAUCUCGGCCCUGGUGAUGGGGCUCAUCACAGUGCCCGCUGGCGGGGGCGGCACCUUCCUGGGCGGCUACCUGGUGAAGAAGCUGAACCUGGCCUGUGGUGGCAUCAUCAAGAUGUGCUUGUUGGCUACGCUGGUGGCCACCAUGUUCACCAGCUGCUUCCUGGUCACCUGCCCCAAUGCGGCAUUUGCGGGCGUCACUGCGGCAUACGACGACAAGCAGAUGGGGCUGCCCCUGACCCUGGAGUCGAGCUGCAAUGCCAACUGCGGCUGCAGUCGCAGCAAUUAUGAUCCCAUCUGUGGGGCCAAUGGCGUCAUGUACUACAGUCCCUGCUUCGCGGGCUGCGGCCAGGAGGAGCAGCAGGAGACCUUGAAGAGCUACAGCAACUGCAGCUGCAUCGACCAAAGAGCCGAGGCAACCAAUGUCAUGUGCGAGUCCAGCUGCAAGAGUUUGCCCUACUUUGUGGCGCUCUGCUUUGUGCUGAUGCUCUUCACCUUCCUGGCCACGAUGCCGGCACUCUCCGCCACGCUGAGAUGCGUGCAGGAUGAGCAGCGUUCGUUUGCCUUGGGUCUGCAAUGGAUCAAGGUUCGCUUGAUGGGCACCAUUCCAGCUCCGCUAAUCUUUGGCGCACUCAUUGACGAAUCCUGCGUGCUCUGGCACGAGUCCUGUGAUGCUCAAGCAGGCGGCGCUUGUCUGGUCUACGAUAAUUUCUACAUAAGUCGUUACAUGUGGCUCCUCGCUUUGGUGGGCAAACUCUGCUCCGUUUUGUUCUUCUUAGGCGCCUGGUGGUUCUACAAGCCUCCUAGCGAGCCUUCAAAUGCCAAAAAGGAAAACCAAUCAGAAAUUUAGUCAUAAGAAAACAGAU